UUUACGUGGUACUUUGUCAUUGCAGUACGAAGUACUACGGAAAAGAAUAUUUCAAAGCUCACCUCCACAAUUACCGAACUCCAAAACUGAGUCUUUAAAGCGGCAAUGGCAAUAGCUGCUAUUUUAUUUACAAACAAAACUUUCAAAACGCUUUUGUACUGAAUUUGACAUCUUUUUGUUGAAAUUAAUUUGAACAAGACUUUCUUCUAAAUAUUUAUUGAAAUAACCAAACUAGCCUAUAUUAUCGUAGUUUCAAAAUUUUAAAAUUCCUUAUAUAUUAUUAUUUAUUUACAUAAAAUAAAAUUAUGUCUUCGUUAACUUUUCAACAAAAACCAUUCUUCCCAUCUCCUCCCGACAAAGGUAGUUUUCCUUUGGACCAUGAAGGGGAAUGCAAGAAACAUAUGUUGAAGUAUUUACUCUGCUUGAAUCAAAAAGAUAAUUCUAAUGAUGACUGUAAAUUAUUGGCUAAAGAUUAUUUACAAUGUCGAAUGGACAAAAAUUUGAUGGCUCGUGAAGAAUGGGAUAAACUUGGAUUUCCAGAAGAGAAGAAAUGAUUUAGGCCUAAAGUAUAUAGUUAUUGAGAAUUAUAUGUUUUUCUUCAUGUGCUUUUCAAGUUAUUUUCGUGAUUGAAGUUAAUAUUAGUUUCCAGUUUUUUUUUUCCUAUUGUCAAAAUGUAUGAAAUUUGAACUGAAAAUAAAUAAUUUCACAUUGUAACA